AUGUCACCUGCCCAACUUAUGGACGGUACAUCAGCAGAAUUAAAUGCAAUACCACCUAUGGAUGAUUUACAGAAUUUCAGCAACGAUAUCCUCACAACAGCAAUCACAGACACUCCCAAGACAAAGAUCACUCAAGACAAAGAUCACUCAAGACUCCCAAGACAAGAUGAACCAAUACGCUGUGCUCAGAUCAAUUUACAAAGAGCUCAAGCAGCUGCCUCCCAACUGGUCCAGCAUGUCAUCACCCACAACCUGGACCUCCUUCUCAUACAAGAACCAUACUGUAAAGAUCGUCGUGUAGCCAGCCUUCCAACAGCCUGGAAAAUUUUUCAAUCACAAGCAGGUACGAAUGAUCAAGCCCCCAGAGCAGUUAUCGCCUGUUGCAAUCCUUCUUGGUUCCCUCUCGUUAUCACACUCAAAAGAGACUACAUCGCCAUUUUACUCGUUUACAACAACAUACAAAUCAUCGCUGCCUCUGUUUACUCUUCCCCCACGGAAGACAUCAGUAACGCCAUCGUCAACAUACAGGAAACCAAGGAAAAGUAUCCUUUCACACCACUCCUCCUAGGUGGUGAUUUCAAUGCGCAUAACUCCAUAUGGGGUUACGCAGACACCACAAUGAAAGGAAAAGAACUCGAAGACUUCCUAGCAAUCCAAGACCUGCAGCUAUUGAACGCACCAAAUGCGCCACCAUCCUAUGAUAGUACCUACGGAAAGGGCUGGCCGGAUCUCACCAUAUCUACAAGCAGCAUAGCAUCCUUCAUCCAAAACUGGACCAUCUUAGACGAGGAAAGUGCUUCAGACCAUAAGUACAUCCAUUUUCAAGUAGACUGCGACACCUCCAUUACUAUCCUACGACGUUUUAAGUUACCAAGCAAUAAGAUUCGUCCCAUUACCCACACCUUCACUCGCUUACUCAGAGAAGAAGAAAAGUACAUUUACAACUUCACCAGCCCGGACGGCAUGGAGCACUACACGAAUCAUCUGAUAGAAAUCUUACACGAAGCAUGCAAAAAUCACCUUCCUAUCCGUGUGGCCAAGAAAAUACAGGUUGUCAGCUGGUGGACCAAAGAGCUGAGGCAGCAAAGGCAAAAAUGCAGAGCCCUUCGACGACGUCUCCGCGCCACUAUUAACGAAGAAGAAAAGACACACCUACUCAUGACAUACCGUAAAGAGCGUGCAGCAUACAAAAAGAACAUCAUCACGGCUAAAGUCACCAGCUGGCGCACCUUCUGUACCAACAACAACAAUCCUUACGGGAUCCUACACAAAAUCUCGUCGAAUAAGAUUUUUAACCCGGCCCAGAUCCACGCACAACCCACCAUGGAUUCUACCACCAACAUCGUGCAGAGCACAGCUUCCACCAUUCUGGACACCGUCUUCUCAAACGAUGACCCAGAAGAGGACACGAUAGAACAACGAAAGGUUCGCAAUAACACCACCAUUCCUGCGACACCUCCCGAUGUACCCUUUACCUACUCUUUAGCGAUAAAGAAAUCAAACAGCUGUUCCGUCACCUUCCUCGGAAAAAAGCGCCAGGACCUGACGGCUUAG